AUGACUUUCGUCUUCAAGCUCGCCAAAUCAACAGAUGCAUUGGUACAGGCUGUUCAGGUCGGGCCUGCUGACAUGUUUGCGACUAUUUCAGCGGCCCACUCAGCCUGGGGCUGGCUGAAAGGCUUGUCCGGGGUCAAAAGCCUGCUUGACUUCCGCAAGGAAACUUUGAAAAUUGAGAAGAUUGAGAUUCUCGAUGUCAAGCUACGAUUAUCGGCCCUCUCUGGUCUGGCGUUCACUUGCGAUGGUCAAUUUUACCUCAUUGGCCUUACGGUCUGUGCCUUGGCUCACGAAUGCGGAGGAUCGACCGCAGUAGAGCUCUUCAUGAAAUGCCUAGGUCCUGCCCUGUUCGAAGAGGGGUUAAUGCGAGAUCAAAUACAUGGCCAGCUGGUAGAGAACCUUGCGAAGAUACUGAACGAAGGUGCAGCCAGAGGUCUGUCGCAACGAUUCAUCUCGGAAGUCGAGUCCCUAGGAGUCCCCACGGGCAAUCGAGAAAAAUUGCGCCACCUUAUACAUGCCGAUGACGGAUCCGAGGUUGGACUUGUUGGCGGGCUAUUGUUGCGGACUGCGUCCCGGGAUCGGGGAGCGUAUCUAACGCGCAGCAGCCUUGUCACUCGUGUUGCUACACUCUUGAGAGUUGUAGGCUAUAAAAUUGGAGAGAUUGGAACAUGGAAUGGUGAAGGGGAGCAACCGAUGGGUGAUAAAGAGCUGGUCUUCGUCUUGGGUGGAAACAUGGACACUGACAAGAUGAGGUUGAGUGAUGACGAGCUUCCAAACGAUCAGCAAAUCCAUCAAUAUAGAAAGAAUACCGUGGGAAUACUGUUCUGCACACCAUUGGAAACACAGUCAGGUCUCAUCCCCGAAGUACUACAGUCCCGUUUCGAGGAGGUUCAUCAAUACAUCCAGGAGCACUUACGUUUCGUGUGGAAGAGUGGGUAUAUUAAAGACCGCCAUGUUGCCAACAUGGGACAAGUACAGGCUUGUCCCGUCUGGAAGAAAUCAAAGAUAGCAGCCACUCCUUCUGCUCUGCGACUUGCUGCAUUCCAUUUUCCAAUAGCAGCCGAAUGGUUAGCACCUUGUUACGAGAAGAUCGCGGGCUCUGAAGACUGGGUUAUCAUCCUGGAUCCAGAACAGCGCUCAAGUAUUGGAUGGAAACAUGGGUUCCCACCUGCGUUGAUCAAUUUUCGCAUCAUCUCGGCUUCUAUUGUCAUAUCGGUUGCCAGCAGAUUGGCCCCAGAGGACUUUGACAGCCUGCGCCACUCCGUCAACAUUGUUCUCGAUACUCCAGACUGGGUGGCACAGAUGAGCUCAGUCAUUGACAAUGGCUUGCAUCCAGGUCAUGAAUCUCAACCGAGCAGUCUUGGAUUUCCACUAUGGAAAGCUGUUCAAAUCGUAGCCGUAAUCCACGCAGCGUCAAGCCCGGAUUGGGUGGACCAAGAAGCCGACGUCGACGUGCGGCGCAUCAUCGGUUGGAGGAGUGGUGUGUAUGCAGUCUUGCCGAGUCUAUUCUUUGAGAUGGCACCGACUGAGAAAGCAAUCGGUAUCCGUUGUCUCGACAGGUUUUGGGCAAACGCCGUCGUCCGCUCUCAAGGCUCGAUCCACACACAAGAUAACACCUUGAUGUACGGACUGUCGACCAAGGCUGAAUCUUCCGGUGUAAACGUUCCGGACACCGAGGCAAGCCUUUCCCUCGUGAACACGGGUGGCAAAUGUCACUUCGGCCCUGCCGUUACUCCCAUAAUCUCGUAUUUCACCAAGGUCCUUCUUCUCGAUCCUCUGUUUCUGAGUCCCCUCAGUCGGGUGCCUGGACCAAAAUUCUUCACUCUCACAAAGUGGCGUCUCGCUUUCGAGGACUGGAGAAGCAGCCGCACACGAACAAUAGCUCAGCUACACUCUGAAUAUGGCCCAGUGGUUCGCAUUGGGCCCAAUGAGAUAUCUUUCAACAGUCUCGGUGCACUCAAGACAAUCUACGGGCCUGGCAGCCAUUUUGGCAGAACAACCUUCUACCGUAUGUUCGAUGUAUAUGGCGAGCAGAACUUGUUCACCUUCCAUUCUGCGCAAGAACACGGCAGACGCAAAAAGAUUUUGUCUCAUGCCUACUCGAAGUCUAGAAUACUUCAGCAUGAUACGACCAGGAUAAUUGAAGAGAAGGCCCACCAGUACGUCGAACUCAUCGACCGCGAGCCGAAUGGCACCAGCGACAUCUUCCAGACUCUUCAUUACUACUCUUUGGACAAUAUUACCCACUUCAUAUACGGCGACUCUGGGGCUACGUCUGCUCUCCUAGGUUCUAAAGAAGACCGAGCCCUCAUUUCAGACAUCAUGCAUCCGUCCCGCCGCAAAUUGUCUUGGUGCUGGGUGCACAUUCCUGGGAUCACAAAGUGGCUUUAUUCACGCAGAGGCUUCGUGGAGCGAGCUGUGAAGAGCAUGCUACCGAUGCAGCAGCCGACAACCUACACCGCCAUUCGAAGACAUGCUCUGGAUGCGUUCCGCUCAUUCAAGGCAGACCGCCAGAACGCGGAACACGUGAAAGACCCAUCUAUUCUUUCUCAUCUGUGGAAAUAUCACGAGUCGCAGGUUGAUGGUGGCAUGAACGAUAUGCAGAUUGCGUCCGAGUGUGCCGACCACUUCUUGGCCGGCAUCGAUACCACCAGCGACACCCUCAUGUUCCUUAUCUGGGCACUUUCUCUGCCUGAAAACCAGAGAUUUCAAGAGAAGUUAAGGAAAGAAGUUCGUGACAUACCUGACGCAUCACUGAAUGAGCACGGCCAUCCUCAAUGCGAUGCGGCCGAUCAUUGCACGUACCUUCAAGCCGUCAUCAAGGAGACUCUCAGGCUGUAUGCGCCAUUGCCAAGUUCCGAGCCCCGUUCGGCUGACGCAACCACUGUGGUCGAAGGUUACAACAUACCACCUGGCACAGUUGUGGGAAUGUCGCCGUGGAUAAUGCACCGCAAUAUAACGGCCUUUGAUGAUCCAGGGACCUUCGAUCCUGAAAGAUGGCUUGGCGCUUCCGCCGUUGAGCUAAACCGAUGGUUCUGGGCGUUUUCUAGCGGUGGCAGAAUGUGUAUAGGCAUGCAUCUGGCUAUGGCUGAGAUGACGACGCUCGUCGCCACGAUCUAUCGAAAGUAUGACACAUCUAUAGGCGCUGGCUUUGAAGAUGUAACGCCAGCAAUUACUGCUCGUGUCGAAAUCUUCUACGAGGAACGCUUUCGUGCAGUACAGGAGAAUAUCUGCUUGAUCAAGUUUGAGUCGUUGAAACAUCGAUAA